AUGCUGCAGCCAUUCCUGGCCAACGAACUCUCCUUUUUUGAUGAGACUCAGAGAAAAAGCUGCAAGAAGUUGAAGAUUGCUUUGAAUAGGCAUAUCGAAUACUUGGCAAGUCUGACUAAACAACUGCCUUUCAGUGAGUUUACCGAGUCAGCAGCAAAGCUGUCCAAGAGAUCAAACGCUUCUGUUGAUACCAGUUCUUCAACCAUUACUAAACCCAAAAGUGGUAAAUCCGUCGUUGGUAGAAAACGCAAGUUACGGAGUCCUGUAUUAGACAGUGUAAAGUUGUCCGACCAGCCAUCUGCUAUUUUGUCAAAUGUCAACGAUUUGAAUAUCGAACUGGAUAACCACGGCAAUACUGAACAUGCAGGUGAUGUGAUCGUUGAACCACUCGCUCUACAGGUGAAACAACCAGAUGAUAACUCUCCUAUCAAGACCAAACCAUCUCGGCCUAUCAAGAGAGUAAAAAAGGCAGUCAUUUCCAACAAGACUACUCCAAUCGAUAUGGCUGUAUCUACCAAAAACUCUACUGCUGCGAAUGAGCAAAAACAAGUUGAACAGCCAUCCGCAUCCCUGUGCAGCUUGGUGGACGAUUCUACCGUCAUCAAAAACCUUGAACCUGAAUCUACUAUUUCAGCAGAAUCUCCACAACUUUUAAAAGCACCAGUCAAUGAUCAUACAGAGACGUCUGUGGUAACUCAGUCCACAUCUUCAAUAUCUGCUGAACUGUCAACCCAAGAGAAAAAUGACACUUUAACACCAGUUACUCUAUCUGCUGGAUCAUCAAAAUCAUCAGAUUCGUGUAUAAUUGAAAAACAACACGAAGUUUCUCCAGAUAGUCAACCUUUACCUGCUGCUAAACAGGAAACAGACUCGGUUGAUUUGUUGAAAACCAUAAAUACAGAUGCAGUAACCCCAUUGCAUGAAACAUCUUUUCCUACACCUUUGGAAGAACCACUUUCAACAGAGCAAUCACUGCCUGUUGAGCAAAGUCCAAACUCAAUCUCUUCCAAAAUUUCUGACAAGAUGGAUAGUGUAGACAAUACCGCAGAUACUCGAAUUGAAGAUGGGCCGAAUGUUUUGACGGAUGCAGUAUCAACUUCCAAAGCACAUGUACCAGAUUCAACCAAGCCACAAUGUCCUGCCAUUCCAUUGUCACCAACGAUGGCUAGAUCUCGCUUGAUGAAUAUGGCCAAAUUUUCGGAUAUACUUCCAGCCAACUCGGUACCCUCAAUAGGAACUUCUAGUCUUUUGAUCCAAAAUCUACCCAAGCUCAGUCGUAGCACUGCUUCAAAAAUAUCUGAUGUAUCUUCGGUUGCCUCAUCAGCUGCCUCUAAAACUUCAAAAUAUCAAAGCACUACAAUCAAAAGAUCGCUGGAAUCUGUUUCGGAAGACUCUGAGCAGUCUGACUUUGUCAAGAAAUCCAAAUCUAUGGAGCACGAUGAAAGUGUGCAAAGUUUUUCUAGUAGUGGUAGUGGAUUUAUUGAUGGUGCUCAAACGAAUGUUGAUGUGGACGAAAAUGCCGAUUCAUCAGCGCCUUUGCUAGAAACCACCACAUCUCACUCCGAUAAUCAAGCUAAUGUGACAGCACCAUUUAAUCCGGCAACUUUAAAGUUAUCAGAUCCAAAGGAACUUUCAACUACACAUGUUCCUGUUGCAACCAGUCAGCUUAACACGAUGGCAUCAGCAUUACAACAUUCAUCUUAUGUAGCUCCAAGUAUCCUUACACAAAUUGCAUCUCAAGUGGAUGCUAGUAGGGAAAUGAGUGAGUUGCGACUCAAGACUGCACAUGCCGGUCCAUUAGAAAUGAUGCGACGUGGACUGAAUGCGACUACUCUACGAUUGGCAGAUCGAUCUGUUUCUGCCAUCAAUGCUAAUUCAACGAGUGCAAUCCAUAUUUCUAGCCAUUCUGGCGCAGCUGCAUUGCUACAAUUGGCUCAUGCUGAUCGGUCCUCUUUUUCAACUACAGCUGCCCAUGAUGCCGUGGCAUCUCAUAGUAUUUCAUGUCAACCUGAACCGAAUAAAAAGUCUGAACCAGAAACUACAGAUACUGGAAAAGGAGCACUGGAUUUGCAAAUGUCCAAGUAUUCAAGCGUAGCCGAAACCAGCACUACAAGUCAACUAAAAUCAGGCACGUCCUUGUCGGCACCAUUAGCAUUUGAUUCUUCAAAACCCGUUUUAAGCUGGGCUUUGCCAUCAGGCGGACCAAUGAAGGGAUCUAGUAUUUUUCGAACACCUGUCAAGGCAGCUAGCUCAUUUGCUACAGAAUUGGUUGCGAAUGCUCAGAAAAAGGAUUUCGGAUCGUCACACCUUCCCGUCAUAUCUACAAAAAAUACUUCUGCCUUGCUCGGGGUCUCUGGAGUUUCUGUCGCUGAAAAUCAAUCUAGUGUUGCUGGUCAAGGCAUUAGCGUCUUGGCUCCAUCAAGCAUACCUGCGGGUUUACUACCCACUCGGGCGGUUGUUACUAUUACAAGCGACAUACCAAGCUCUACUGCAACCGUAUCAAACCUUGCUUUGAUUCAAAUUAAAUCCAACCCAAUUAUUGAACCGGUUGCUGCUACUGAGAUGAUUGCUAAAAAGGAGCUGAUAGCUAAAGAAACACAUGUGCAAGCUACUGCUCGUAUGCAACAACAAUCUGAUGAUGCUGUGCAUACUACAUUGGCAAAACAUAACACAGUAUCCAUGCAUAUAGCAGAAAGUCAGAGUGAUGUUGAGAAACCCCAUCAGGAUCAAGAAAGAUUUGGUACAGUGCGCAAGAGCGCUAUUCCUGCAUUGGUAGAACAUUCAUUGAAUAAGCCUUUUUCAAUAACUUCCAAACCACUUUCAGGAGAAACAGCUGGAAAACAGAAGCUUCCGCUGUCCUACUCAGCUCAAGCUACAUUGACUGGACAAUUAUCGGAUUUAGAAGCACCCAAGACACAAGUUUUGCGACCUCUGCCAACACACCAGCACCACAUAUCACAAGACCAGCACAAAUUACUGCCACAGCAAAAACUGCAGUUGCUAAAGCAACAUGGUGCCAAGGCAGUCCUCAAAUCGAAUGCACUCAACUCUGUAUUGGUUGAUGCAAAAAGCGGUAUUACCAAAAACCUUAUUUUGCCAUCAUCGUUGAUGGGCACAACACAUGCUAGCCAAGUACCACACAAGCCUCAAGUUGGGGCAAGUAUUUUAUCUGGAAAGGGAGAGAAGGCUGUAGCAGCAUCAACCCAAAACCAUGUCCAUACAAUUCUUGGUGAAGAUGGCGAACUUCCAGAACCACCAUCAGACUAUUCAGAUUCUGAUGAUGAUUCACUUACAGCAGCAACUCCUCGAGGUGGACCCAAGAUUGCUACGUGGGCAUCUACUCCAUACAUUCGUCAAGUGGUUACAAGCCAACAACAGCGUGAUCCAGACGAUAUUUUUGGAACAGUAAAGACCUGUCAACUGGAGGAGAUUUUUGAUAGCAAAGAGUCUAAAAAACUAAAGAAGCGGACCAGUUCAGCACACUGGCUUGGUACAGAUGCGUUAACCUUUGAAGAAGAAAUGGCGUAUAAAAAGGACAUGGGAUAUGUUGAUGGAGAAAGUGGAGUAAUCGAGCCGUUGCAUAGUCACGUAAAAUGA